AUGGCUAAGCUCCAAAUUGCCCUCUGCUUCCUGCUCAGCGCCUGCCAGGAAUGGAAUGAAAUACUAGAACUUGUCCAAAACACGCCUAUUACCAACCAAUCGUGCGUAGACGAGUCUUGGGACAUAGAGCAGCUGUCUUCUACUAUUCAAAUGAAUAGCAGCGUAUCAUGCCUCACGGAAUUGAAAGCCGCCGUCGAAUCCGGAAACCUGGACGAUACUGCGCUAUUGGAAAUUAUUGACGAACUAAUAGCAAUUUUUACGGAAGGCGCCACGUGUACCAGUACGGAAGAUAUCUGGGACUACGUCGAGUGCUAUAUAACUAUCAUCGUAAAUGCUAUCAAAUACAUGUUGAGCGCCUGGACCACCGAAGCAUCCGCAGCUUGGGAAUUAUGGCAGGCCAAUAGUACCAUUAAAUCCCUGGCAGAGUCCUGCGUCGCAACCAUCGUCGAAACAGCUGUGGCCGCGAACUUCAAAAGCGCUGUCCAAGAAACAGUUGAGUGUGUCGAAAAAUGGACGAGCUAAAAUGGCGCGCCUGACCGUAUCUUACCUGUGCUCUGAGCUCACGCAGGCCAAAUACUACACGUGUACCAAAGUUC